AUGUCCGACAUCUCUGGGAAAGGGGAACAUGAUAUGAAGACUUUAAGCACCAGCGCAGAAGAUGAUUCUGGCCAUGAGAUCGGUAUCGGUGAUGUCCAGGCCGUCGGACUUCAAAAGUCAUUCCAUCUCUGGAGCGCACUAGGAAUCUCGUUUUCUGUUACAUCAGUGCCCUUGGCGAUUGGGACCUAUCUUUCAGUCAGUGUUGGCGUUGGUGGUAGUCCAGUAUACUUCUUUGGAUACGUCGUUUCUGUUAUCUUCAAUUUGUGUAUCUGUGCUUCCUUAGCAGAACUUGCUGCUGUGUUCCCGCACUCCUCAGGCCAGUUAUACUGGACGUCCCAAUUGGCACCCCAGCGAUAUGCUCGUGGCCUCAGUUACCUCGUCGGCUGGCUAACAGCGGCUGGAUACUUCUUCUGGACAGCAGCCACCUUCCUCAUCACCUCUGAGUUGAUAUUCGCAUUAGUCCAAAUCUGCCAUUCCCACUUUACUCCUCUGGCAUGGCACUACUAUAUGUGUUAUUUUGCUAUUGGCCUUUGGGCCCUGUUGCCGAACACGGUAUUCUUCAAAUGGUAUCCUCUAUUUCUGCAAGGCCUGGUGGUCUACAUCAACCUCGGCAGCCUGUUCAUCCUUGUCCUGCUACUUGUUCGGUCAAGUCCCAAACAAACGAGCGAAUACGUAUUCAAGGACUUCGUGAACCAAACCGGUUGGUCAUCGAAUGCGGUCGUGUUCUUCAUCGGUCUGCUACCGGGCCUCACAGCCAUCAACGGGUUCGACAGUGCCGCACAUAUGGCUGAAGAAAUGUCCGAACCUUCCCGGCAGGUUCCACAAGUCAUGUUCAUCAGCGCAGUGGCCAGUACUAUUGCUGGACUACCGAUGAUCUUGGUUUACAUGUUUUGCAUUACGAACCCCGCAAAUCUCCUGGAUCCCCUGGGUGGCCAACCCAUCGUCCAGCUGAUGGUUGACUCCCUCCACUCGCUUCCGCUUUCCAUCAUCGGAACCCUGAUUUUCAUUAUUUGUUUUGCCUGCGCCAGCAUCACGUUGUUGACGACGUUCACCCGAAUUUGGUGGUCUCUAGCGCGUGAAGGCGGUGUUCCUUUCUCCAAAUUCAUGGCUAGGAUCAGUGACUCGUCGCAACUACCAAUCAACAGCAUAAUUUUCUCUGUCGUUGCCUGCUCUCUGAUUGGUCUUCUUGAACUCGGCUCUGCAACAGCACUGAAUGCAAUUUUGGGAUCCGCCGUUCUCUGCAUCUUUUUCUCCUACGCCAUUCCAAUUGCUUGCUCUCUGAUGAGCAAACGAUCGGCCUUUGAAAGGCCUCAUUAUUUCAAUUUGGGAAAGGCGCUUGGUACAGCGUUAAAUCUGAUCUCGGUCGUAUGGAUCAUUUUUGUGUUCGUCUGGCUUUGCUUUCCUUUAUAUCUCCCAGUGACGAUGGAUAACAUGAAUUGGGCGGUCCUCGCUUGUGCUGUUGUCCUUUUGAUCAGCGGAAUCAAUUGGUUGAUACAUGCGAAAACUGAGUUUCAUGUUUCAAGAUCCAUACAAAGAGGUUGA